AUGCUAAUCUUUCCCUUCAUCCUCCCGGUGUUCUUAUCUUUCGCAUUCGCCGUCCCCAAAGUCUACUUAGCUGGCGAUAGCACGAUGGUAGCGACCGGCAACAACGACGGCACUGCAGGCUGGGGUGCCUUCCUCCCCGAGUUCCUCACCUUACCCGUUAUUAAUGAAGCCGUCGCCGGCCGUAGCGCGCGGUCAUUCACGCGAGAAGGGCGGUUUGGCGCGAUCGCCAACAAUGUGACGAACGGCGAUUUCGUCGUCAUCGAAUUUGGUCACAACGACGGAAAUCCCCUUGUCCCGGUCGACAACGGGCGAUCGGACUGUUCGCCAAUAAACGGGACAGGCUAUGAUACCACAUGCACGACCACCUACAAUGGGACCGAAUACGUCCUUACCUACACCCGCUACCUCACAAACGCCGCACUGCUGUACCGGGCCAGAGGCGUCAACGUCAUCAUCUCUACCGCAACUACUAACAAUCUAUGGGAGACUGGCAACUUCACAUAUUCCGCGAACCGCUUCGUCCAGUACGCGCGCGACGCAGCUCACGAAUCUAGCUCAACGUUCGUAGACCAUGGUCAGGCUAUGGCUGAUGCGUACAAAGCACUCGGGCCGAGUGCUGUGGACGCGUUCUACCCGCACGAUCAUACGCACACGAGUCCUGCAGGCGCAGAGGUCGUGGCAAAGGCGUUUGUUACGGCGCUUGAAUACACGAAGAGUAAGUUGAAAAAAUAUAUUGAUAAUUAA